AGUGUGCAAGAUGGACUGGCUGCUGACUUCAGAGCAUUAACAAAGACUCUCUAUGAUUUGAAUAAAGCUCUGGGAAGUAAUAUAGUUCGUGGAGGUCCAUUAAAAGAGCUGGUGAUAGAAAAUUUUGAUGAAGAACAGAUUUGGCAACAACUAGAGCUUCAGAACAAUGCAGUUCUUGAUUUCUUCAAGAAAUCCAUUGCAAGGGAUGCCGAGGAUGAAGAUCUUUGCCUUCUCUCAGACCAGGAAGAAGUUGUCUCUGAUGCAGAGACCAGCAGUGACAAGGAAUUGGAAGACAACGUAAUGGAAACAGAAACUGAACAGAAGAAUGUUUAUACAAAAGAUAAAACUAAAGCUAAAGAAAAGCAAAGUAAACUCAGAGAAAGCAUAAUGCAGAAAUACAGUGAUGAGGAUUCUGAUAUUGACUUUGAUAUUGAAGCACUGGAGCAAAAAACUAAAACAGCCAAGGAAACCACAUUGAAAAAAAUGGGAAGAAAAUCUAUAGUGGAUGACAAGUUUUUCAAGCUGGCUGAGAUGGAAGCUUUUUUAGAACAUGCAGAGAAGGAAGAUGAGAAGGAAGAUGAGAAGGAAGAAGAAGAUAUUAAUUACUUUGAAGACAUCAUCUCAGGUGAUGAGGAAGAAGAGUGUGAAGAAGCUGAAGUCAAACCAAUUAGAAGUUCUAGAGACUUGACGUACAAAGAUUUCUUUGAUCCGGUCGAUGACAGUGAUGAUUUAGUAGCUAAUGAUGUUGAAGAUGAUCAGGAAGAUGAAGCAGAUGGUGCUAUUGAAGACCAGAAUGAAGAAAGCAUGUCUGAGGUUGAGGAUAUGAAUGAAACGAUGAUGGAGAUGAGAAGUCAAGAAGCCUCUAAAAAAGUUACUUUUAGUUUGCCAGAUGACAGUGAAACAGAAGCUGUUACUGAUAUGCAAUUAGAGAAGGCCAUUGAUCCCAGUGAAAUAAAGUCUUCAUUUGAGAAGAGACAGGAAAAGAUGAGCAAAAAAAUAAAAAGUUUAGAAGAGGAGUUGUUAGAGGAGAAACCUUGGCAGCUUAAGGGAGAAGUGACUGGACAUAAGCGACCUGAAAACAGCCUUUUGGAGGAAACAGUAUUUUUUGACCAUGCUGUCCGAAUGGCACCUGUGAUCACGGAAGAAACUACUUUUCAGCUUGAAGAUAUCAUUAAACAGAGAAUAUUGGAUGAGGCAUGGGAUGAUGUAGUACCGAAAGAAAAACCCAAAGAGGAGGCUUUUGAAUACAAGAAACGUAUCACUUUGGAUCAUGAAAAGAGUAAACUGAGUCUUGCUGAGAUCUAUGAGCAAGAAUACAUGAAACUUCACCAGCAAAAGACUGAAGACGAAGAAAAUCCUGAACACAAAGAAAUUCAGGAAAUGAUGGAUUCACUCUUCCUGAAGCUGGAUGCACUUUGUAAUUUCCACUUCACACCCAAACCACCCGUGCCAGAAGUUAAAAUAGUUUCGAACCUUCCAGCUGUAAGUAUGGAAGAAGUAGCACCUGUUGCUGUUAGUGAUGCUGCUCUCUUAGCACCAGAGGAGAUCAAGGAAAAGAACAAAGCUGGUGAUGUAAAAACAGAUGCAGAAAAGACUCCCACGGACAAAAAACGAGAACGAAGAAAGAAAAAGCUUCGUAAACGUAUGAAGCUAAGAGAAAAGGAGAAACGUCAAAAGCUGCUUGAAAAGAUGAAACCAGAACAAGGCACAAAACUUAGCAAAAAAGCUGCUGCAGCAAAAUUAAGAAAGCUUACAAAAGAAGGCAAAGCAUCUCUGCUCAAGGAUGAAGGUAAAGACAAGGUCGUGAAGUCAUCCCAGGCUUUCUUUUCUCAACUACAAGAUCAAGUAAAAGUGCAAAUCAAAGAUGGAAACAAAAUAAAGAAGAAACAGAAGCAGCAGAAAACAGUCUCUGUUCAUAAACUGAAAUUGUAAUUUACUGGUUUAUACGUGUUGCAUCUUGUAUAUAUUAAAAUGUUUCUAC